AUGGAGGACACAGUAGCGGAGAAGAAGCCCCGGACCGCCGGCGACGGCGACGGAGACGGCUGCAACGGCGAGCCCUCCGGCACCGCAGAGAGCAGCGGCGGCGGCGGUGGCCGCCUGGUCGAGAGGCUCCCCGAGGCGCUCCUGGUGGAGGUGCUGGGCCGUCUCGACCUCGACGACGCCUGCUCCGCCGCCGCGUCCUGCCGCUCGCUCCACGCCGCCGCCAACGCCGCCCUCUCCGCCCUCACCGCCAUCGACCUCUCCGCCUUUGCCUCGUCGAACGCCAUCCUAGGCAGGAUUCUCGCGGGGAACGGCGCGGUCCGCAGCCUCACCGUCAAUUGCAGCCUCCUCGACGACUCCGCCGCCUCCGUCAUCGCCAGGGGUAGCCUGCGCGAGCUCUCGCUGCUCAAGUGCUCCUUCUCCAUGAGCUUCUUUGUGGCUGUUGGCGCGGGAUGCCGCAAUUUAAGAUCGUUGAAGCUGGAGAUGGCGGUUGCUCCAGACAUUCUAUAUUCUCGUUAUUCUGGAUUCGGUACUUGCCUAGCACCUAUCUACACGGGAUGUGUUUACUUGGAGACUCUUUGGGUGAAGUUCCCUCUGCUAGAUCCACGCACAGCUGAAUACGAGACUGGAACUGGAUUGCCUCUCAUUCCUAGUAACAUCAAGGACCUGUUGCUACAGCCUGUAUCUCAUUCUAGGGCAAAGACAGUCUUCCUGAAAACCACAUCUCUGAACAAACACAUCACUGACAGUUUGGAAUCACUCUCUUUAGUUCUCGACACAAUAACGGAUGAACUCGUUAUGUUGAUCACCAGUAAUGUCCACAAGUUGGUUGAGCUGUGCCUGGAAGAUGAACCUGUUACCCAACCAAAUUUGCCUGAAGAUUUGACCAAUGUUGGGCUUCAAGCACUUGGCUUAUGCCACAACUUGAGACAUUUGUCUCUGACACGUCGUUGCUGCGACUUCAGACGGGUAAACGACUUUGGGAUACUGAUGCUCGCUGACGGAUGCAAGCAACUCAGAACCAUUAGAUUUGGUGGGUUCUCUAAAGUAAGUGAUGCAGGGUAUGCAGCCCUUCUCCACUCUGGGAAGGACCUGAAGAAGUUUGAGGUCAGCAACGGCUCGUGCUUGUCAGACUUGGCAUGCCUAGAUCUUGAAAAGGCAGCUCCAAACAUUUCAGAAGUGAGGUUGCUUAACUGUGCUCUCCUAACUAGUGAUACCGCCAAAUCUCUAGCACCCUGCACUAACUUGAAGGUUCUCGAUCUCUCGGGUUGCAAGAGCAUUGCAGACUCUGGCUUGGUUUCCAUCUCAAAGCUCCCCAACCUAACUCUACUGGAUCUUGCUGGAGCUGACAUUACUGAUGCGGGUUUAUCAGCACUCGGUAAUGGGAGGUGCCUGAUAUCUUCUUUGUGCUUGAGAGGGUGCAGAAGGAUCGGCAGUAAUGGAAUAGCUUCACUGUUGUGCGGGACUGGCACCAUCAACAAAACAUUAAUUUCGCUUGACAUCGGGAAUGUACCAAGAAUAUCAUGUCGGGCUGUGACAGUGAUUGCCAGGAACUGUUCUAUGGGAUGCGACUCCAGUAAAUGUUCCCUGAGAAUGCUUGAUCUUGCCUACUGCAGUAAGCUGUCUCGAAACUUCCUGAGACACUUUGAGCCACCACAGUUCCGAGGGCUGCGGUGGCUUGGCGUCGGUAAGAAUGUGGCACAACGUCGUGGCUGCAGCCCGACAGUUGCGGAGGUUCUGGAGCGAAAGCCUGGAUUAACCAUCUGCUGCAACGCCUGCGACAUGGGCUGCAGGAACAAGUCCCAUCCAGACAUUCGUUUUCUUCAGUAG